AUGGCCUUGAGUGGAAACUGCAGGACUUACCUCCCUCCUAGAGAACAAGCAACUGCUGCACAUCCUUUCCCAGAGGUGAUAGAACUGAAUGUGGGGGGCCAGGUUUACUUCACUCGUCUCUCCACGUUAACAGGCCUUCCUCAAUCCCUGCUUUGGAAAAUGUUCACCUCCAAAAAAGAAACAGCCAAUGACCUGGCCAAAGAUUCCAAAGGAAGGAUUUUCAUUGAUCGCGAUGGCUUCCUAUUCCGUUACAUUCUGGACUAUCUCAGGGACAAGCAGGUGGUCCUGCCCGACCAUUUUCCAGAGCGAGGAAGGCUCAAGAGGGAAGCCGAGUACUUUCAGCUCCCAGAUUUGGUCAAACUUCUGACGCCCGAUGAGAUCAAGCAAAGCCCUGACGAUUAUUGCCAUAGUGACUAUGAGGAGGUUUCCCAAAGCAGUGACCCAAGAAUAUGCGCCCCUUCAUCUCUCAUGGCCUCGGAUAGAAAGUGGGGCUUCAUUACCAUUGGCUACAGAGGUUCAUGCCCCAUGGGCAGAGAGACCCAAGCAGAUGCCAAAUUCAGAAGAGUCCCGAGGAUUUUGGUUUGUGGCAGGAUUGCUCUAGUCAAAGAAGUUUUUGGAGAAAGUUUGAAUGAAAGCAGAGACCCAGAUCGAGCUCCCGAUAGAUACACUUCUAGGUUCUACCUGAAGUUCAGGCACCUGGAACGGGCUUUUGAUAUGUUGUCAGAAUGUGGCUUCCACAUGGUAACCUGCAAUUCCUCUGUGACGGCUUCUUUUGUCAAUCAGUACACUGAUGAUAAAGUGUGGUCCAGCUACACAGAAUAUGUCUUUUAUCGUGAACCAUCACGAUGGUCAUCAUCACACUGUGACUGCUGUUGCAAAAAUGGCAAAGGUGAUAAAGAAGGCGAAAGUGGCACAUCCUGCAAUGAACUCUCCACCUCUAGCUGUGACAGCCAAUCAGAAGCCAGCUCCCCUCAAGAGACUGUCAUCUGUGGCCCAGUCACUCGCCAAUCCAAUAUACAGACUCUGGAUCGACCAAUCAAGAAAGGUCCUGUGCAGCUCCUUCAGCAGUCUGAAAUCCGGAGAAAAAGUGACUUGCUCCGAACUCUAACUUCUGGCUCUAGAGAAUCCAACUCUAGCAAAAAAAAAGCAGCAAAAGAAAAGCUCUCAAUUGAGGAAGAAUUAGAAAAAUGCAUCCAGGAUUUUCUCAAAAUCAAAAUCCCAGACAGGUUUCCAGAACGAAAACAUCCCUGGCAAUCUGAACUUUUACGAAAAUAUCAUCUAUAG